CUGUAAAUGGUAAUACAGACGGGUCUUGGACCGGGGGAUCGUGUUCGCAUACAUAUAAAGAUCCAAACGAGCAGCCAUGGUGGAUCAUUGAUUUGGGAAUGUCAUAUAACAUUCUCAAGAUAGUCAUAUGGAAUCGAUCUAGUGUCGGUAGUCGACUCCACGACUUCGCUGUUGAACUUAGUUGCGAAUUUGACGGAGUAAACGCUGAUAGUCCAUCCUGGUCGAGAAAAUAUUUGCAAAAUGGAACACUGGAAAACAACCCGACAGCGAUUGCAUUCCCGGAAUCCUCUGUUGGAAGAUUCAUCAAGAUACAAAAUGCGUUAGAUAAUGAGUCUAGUCAUCCAUCCGCGGACACUUUGUCCCUGUGUGAAUUCGAAGUAUAUGCCGAGUAUGCUGACUGUGAAUGUGAAUUUGGCUUUAAUCCCUAAUACACGU